CAGAGUUGGUGCUCGAUAACUGUCGGUCCAGCAAUGGAGAGAUCGAAGGGCUCAACGACUCCUUCAAGGAGCUGCAGUUCCUCAGCAUGGCCAACGUGGAGCUGACGUCGCUGGCCAAGCUGCCCACGUUGAGUAAGCUCCGCAAGCUGGAGCUGAGUGACAAUGUCAUUUCUGGAGGCCUCGAGGUCCUUGCGGAGCGAUGUCCAAAUCUCACAUAUCUAAAUCUAAGUGGCAACAAAAUCAAAGAUCUUGGCACUGUGGAAGCUCUUCAAAAUCUGAAGAACUUGAAGAGCCUUGACCUGUUCAACUGUGAGAUUACGAACCUCGAGGACUACAGGGACAGCAUCUUUGAGCUCCUCCAGCAGAUCACAUACCUGGAUGGCUUUGACCAGGAGGACAACGAGGCACCAGACUCAGAAGACGACGAUGAUGAAGGGGAUGAAGAUGAUGAUGAUGAUGAGAAUGAAGCUGGUCCUCCAGGAGAAUAUGAAGAGGAAGAUGAUGAAGAUGAUGGAGCUUCAGAUUUGGGGGAAGGGGAAGAGGAGGAGGAAGUUGGUCUUUCGUACCUGAUGAAAGAAGAGAUUCAGGAUGAAGAGGAUGAUGAUGACGACUAUGUUGAAGGAGGUGAUGAGGAGGAGGAGG